GUAUAAAAACCGAGCGGCAGCGCAGACUCGGCUCACUCACCAGCAGAGCGAGGGAAACGUACAGUGACAGGAGUGCGAGAAUCUGUAACACCACAAUGGGUUUGACAUUCAACAUCAGAGCUAUCUGCACCCUCUCCGGCUUCCUCAAGCUGGUGGAAAUCAUUCUGGCCUUCAUCUGCAUCGCGCUCCUUCGCAAUUACAGCCUUAACUUUGGCUAUGACAGAAGAAACGUGGUCUCCCAGGAUGAUCGGGAGAUGGUGGGUGUUAUCGCCAUUGGUUCCUCUAUCCUCAUCUCAAUCCCUCUGCUGGUGGCUUACAUUUUCUUCGCACACGCCUCAAACCUGCUGGAAAUUCUGUACUGCUUCACCGCUGCCAUCAUGAACGUGGCAGGAGGCGCCAUGGCCAUCGACACCUACCAGAACCUCGGGGACAGUGACACCACGAAGGCCGGCAUGGCAAUGGGGUCCAUCAUGAUCAUCAACGCCCUGGCUUACCUUAUCGACGCAGGGACAGGCACCAUCGCCAACCGCAAGUAGAGCCCAGUCCGCGUUUUCCCUUCAGGAUGCGGCCCCAUGGCCCUCCCCACAGGAUGGGCCCCGUGGUGCUCCCUUCAGGAUGACUCCAUGUGACGAGGGCCGGGCGUGCUUCCUCUGUGUCACCGUCUGAACACCGACCACUUCCAUCAACUUGGUUUGAUAUUUGAUAAGUUUAUGAUUCAUGUCAGUGUUAGGAAAGACAUUAGUUUUGUCUCUUGUUUGCAUUUGUGUGUGGUUUCGCGGUAAUAUGAUUGAGUGAACAACGCUUUUUGUACUGAGUAUUUAUUUGAGGCAUUGGUGAGCAGUUUAUGAUUAGAUAGGGAAUAAAUUGAUUCACUAAUAACGUAUUGCACAAAAAAAAAAAGUUCUGACAUGUUUAUUCACACAUUGCGAUUAGAUAAUGUUCAAGUCAAGGUUUGUUCAUUCAGUGUUUUGAUAUGUAUGUAUGUAUGUAUGUAUGUAAGUAUGUAUGUAUGUAUGUAAGUAUGUAUGUAUGUAUGUAUGUGAGUGUAAAGUAUACAGUACACUUUACAAGGUUGAACGUGGUGUCAAAGGGAUACGACAAUGGCCUUUAUAAAUAUAUGACGUUGUA